UUUAUGAUAUCUGAGGAGCGAGCCGGCGGGAGGCACUUGUCUUUAGGAGAACGCUCAAAUCUGUGUCCGGAGGGCUCGCCCCAGACUUCAGAUAUGGGAUUAUCACAGACCACACUGUGGCUGAGAAGAGGUGACGGGCGAGAGUGAAGAGUUUGUCUGCUGCUGCACCGGUUCUGAUGUGGUAGCAACUUUGGCAAACACCAGGGCCUUUGUUGAAAUUGCCAUUAGUGCUCUUAAUUAUUCGAGUAUCUGGGAACGGUGGGUGUGAUCCAGAGCACUCCUUGUGGGCCCCUCAGAGGUCUCUUCCUACCUGGAUUUUAUUGGAUGUGUUACUGAGACCUGGAGGCAAGAGUUACAGUUUCUCCCCAUGGAUCCAAACAUCCAGGGGUCUUUCCUGUUCAACAACAGCCUGAACCAAUUCCCCUCGGACCUCAAAGCGCCAGUGUGCCAGUACUCAGUGCCCAACUCUUUCUACAAACUCAACCCGGCCCUCAACAGCCAGCUGCAGGCAGGGACCCCUCACGGCAUCAGUGACAUCCUGAGCCGCUCCAUGGUUGGGAUGGGCUCCACGGGCACCACCACCCUCCUGUCCGGAUACUCCGCCAUGGGGGGGUUCGGACCCUCCGUCACCAGCACGUCUAUGUACUAUAACCGAGACUACAACUCCAACCUGGGCGGCUUCUCCAAGCCCGGCGCCGAGUGCCCCAUGAAGGGUCGCAGUGUGAGCUGCUGGGCGGAGAGCAGCUGUGACUGGAGAGGAGGGAGGCAGCAGUGCAGCAACAGCGGUGUUCCUCUGGGGGAGAUGUCAGGCAGGAAGAAACACACCAGGCCGACAUUCAGCGGACAUCAGAUCUUCGCUCUGGAGAAAACAUUCGAGCAGACAAAAUACCUGGCCGGGCCCGAGAGAGCACGGCUGGCUUACUCUCUGGGCAUGACGGAGUCCCAGGUCAAGGUGUGGUUUCAGAACCGACGCACCAAGUGGAGGAAGAAGAGCGCCACGGAGCCGAGCUCCACGCAGGCCAGCCACCCGGGGCAGAGCGGGGAGGCCUCGGAGAACGAGGUGGAGGACGAGGAGUACAACAAGCCGCUGGACCCGGACUCUGACGACGACAAGAUCCGACUGCUGCUGCGCAAACACCGCAGGGCCUUCUCCGUCCUGCGCCUGGGGCCGCACCACGUCUGAUGAACCCCGCGCACGCACGCACGCACGCACGCACACCCGCACAGGUUCACGCGUUGCUCCGCAGACCUGCAUGCUGUAAUUAAAGUUACACAUUUUGAAUACAAAGUGCAAGCAUGUUCAUGAAGAGGUCAUUUGCUAAACAGGCUGUGAGAACGAAGCUGAAAAGACUUUUAUAAUUUACUGUAAGAAAAAAAACCACAAAUCAUCCGUGGCCUGCUCCAUGUUACACCGGUAUGUUGAGGAUCGCCUCAUACACACGUGUUGUUUUUGUAAAAACAGAAUAAAAUUCCUUUAUAAAAACUG